AUGAAAUCUUUCACUACCGUCGCAGUUGUUGCUGCGAUUGCUGCUACAGCAUCGGCUAAGAAGUGCCAAAACAUCACGGUCCCAGUGACAAUAUCUGCCCGGAACGGCUACUUCGAUCCAGCUAUCGUACCAGCGACCGAUAUCGAUGUCACAAACAUCAUCCUAGACCUGGGACAGCUGGGAAAGAACUACACCCAAGCGCAGCUGAAGAGCUACAAGACCGUACACGGCUCCUAUGAACUCGCUACGACCUACUGCGCGCCAGACAAGGGAGACCCUAAUGUAGUGCAAGUGCUUACUCAUGGUGUCGGCUUCGACCGCAGCUACUGGGACUUGCCCUUCAACAACUACAACUACUCAUACGUGAAUGAGGCAGUCGACCAUUAUGGCUACGCCACCUUCUCCCACGACCGACUCGGAAUUGGAAUGUCAUCGAAAGGUGAUCCCCUCAAUGAGAUUCAGGUCCUGCUCGAGGUUGCCGCUCUGAAGGCUCUCACCGACAAGCUCCGAGCCGGUCAAAUUGCCAACGUCCCCAAGUUCCAAAAGGUCCUGCACGUUGGCCAUUCCUUCGGAUCCAUUAUGAGCUACGCCCUGACUGCUCAGUACCCUACUAUCUCUGAUGGUCUUGGUCUGACUGGCUUCUCUCAGAACGGCUCGUUCAUCGCCUCUUUCUUGAACGGAAACAACUUCCGUCAAGCCAAUGCGUUCCCACAGUUCGCUCAGCUUCCCAAGGGCUACUUUGCCCCUGCUUCGGAGCAAGGCGUGCAACUCAGCUUCCUGUCACCAGGCGACUUCGACCCAGCUCUCCUUCCAGUAUUUUUCAAGACUGGCCAGCCCGUCACCAUCGGCGAACUUCUUACGCAAGGCGGCGCAGCUGGUGCUCCAAACCCAAUCAAGGCGCCUGUGCACAUUGUCACCGGCGAGCGCGAUAUUCCAUUCUGUGGCGGCAACUGCUUCUCCGCGCCGACAGGUCUCCAGAGCAUCCCCGAGUCUUCCAAAGCUAUGUUCAAGAACGCGUGCCCAUUCAAGGUCAGCAUCAUCCCACGAGCCGGACAUGGAUUGAACCAGUUGUACAGCCACGUUCAGACAUACAAGGAGAUCUUGGAUUUCUUCGUGCAGAACGGUGUUGCGCCGGGUGGAUACCAGCCACCAUACGGCGGAAAGCCUCACGGAUACUAA